AUGGAACAAAAUAUUGAAUUACAACAUGAAAUUGAAACAUUUCGCUCUAAACUUGAUUAUAUUGUAACAUAUAUUAAUCAAAAAUUGGAUCAACAAAAAACAAUAACGACAACAUCAACAUCAUCAUCUUUAUCUAUACAUCAAUUAGUAUUUGAAACUAUGCAACAAACAGAAAUGAAAUUACUUGAAUUUAAAUUAAAAUUUAUUUCACAACAAGAAGAAAAUGAUCUUUUAAAAUAUUUAAUGGAAAAAUCACAAAAUAUAUCAGAUAUUGAACAAACAAAAUUAUUUUCUAUUAUUCAACAACGUUCACUUGAACGUGAAAUUGAUCUUUUUGAUAAUUCAGAUGAAGGAAUUAAAUUUCAUAUGGAAAAUCUUAAAUUAAAAUAUGAUGUAUUACAUAAACAUAUUCUAACAUGUAGUCAACGAUUAGAUGAUAUUAAUAAACAAAAUCUUAUGAAAUUAACAAAUGAAAAUCAAAUAUUAAAGUAUAGACACAAACAAAAAAUAUUCGAAUUUUAUUUUUCCUAUGAUUUUUUUUUCAAUAAAAAUAUUGAACUUGAAUUUGAAUUACUACGUUUACGUGAACGUUAUAAUGAAUUAAUUGAACAUACAAAUACACUUAAAUAUGAAUUAAAUAAUGCACAAAAACAAUUACAGGAAAAAGAAAAAAUUGAACCAAAUUUAAAUGUUGAUUUGGAAAAAGAACGACGACGUGCAGAUGAAUUUGAAAAUGAUUAUAAAUCUUUAAAAAUAAAAUAUGAUGAUGUAUGUGAACGUAUUCGUAUAGCUACACAUCAAUUAGAACAUGUACAAAUUGUACUUGAAGAAACAUCACGUCGUUGUGAACAAUUAGAAAAAGAAAAGUCCGAAAUUAAUGCUCAAUCUGAAUAUCUUUCACAAGAUGUUCUUAAGGUAACAUCAAAAUAUCAAGAUAAAUUAAAUAUAAUUAAAGUUCGUUUAGAACAAGCAGAACGUGAAAGACGUGAAGUACAACUUCGUAAUGAAAAAUUUCAAAAUGAUAGACAACCGUUUGAUGUAAAAAAUGAUACAAAUGAUGUUGAUAUUUAUUAUACAUUAGAUGGUUCAAAGCCAGAUGCAUUUAUAACAUUAGCAACACGACGUUCGACUAUACAAUAUAAAAAACCAUUUUAUAUACCAAGAGAUAUAGCUAAUACAGGCAUCACGUGA